UAAAUGUUUUAUAAUUUUCAAUUAAUAACUUCAGUCGAAACUAAAACAUCGUAGAAGGCAGACAUGAAGCUUCUGUUGCUUUUCAUAGUGCUUUUAAAUUUUUAUUCCUUUUGUGAGUCGCGUUUAACUGAAAAUCUAAAAGUUGGAAUUAAUGAUGGACAAAUUAUUGGACGACACAUGUUAACAAUUACUGGAAAAGAUGUUCGCUCAUUUCUUGGUAUUCCUUAUGCUGCUCCCCCCGUUGGGGAAUUGAGAUUUAAGGCACCAAGAAAACCAACUCCAUGGUUUAAUGACGUAUUAAAAGCACACAACGAGCCACCAGUGUGUUCUCAAACAAAUAUUUUUGAUCGCGGUGUGGAACAAGUUUUCGGUCAAGAAGAUUGUUUGUAUUUGAAUGUUUAUACUCCUAAAAUAAAUGUGUCCGAUGAAGGUUUUCAGAAAUUACCAGUAAUGGUUUGGUUUCAUGGAGGGGGAUGGACAGAAUUUCAUUCAGGUCACAGCGUUUAUGGUCCAGGAUAUCUUUUAGAUCACGACAUAAUUCUAGUAACUGGAAACUAUCGAUUAGGAACAUUAGGUUUUCUAUCAACAGAAGAUGAACAAUGCCCAGGAAAUUUUGGUUUUAAGGAUCAGCGCAUGAUGCUUGAGUGGGUUCAAGAAAAUAUUGAGAAAUUUGGUGGAGAUAAGGAUUCUGUGACUAUUUUUGGUGAAAGUGCAGGUGGUGCAAUAGUCACAUUACUCAUGAAUACUCCAAAGUCUCAAAAGUUAUUCCAUCGUGUAAUUGCACAAUCAGGAAAUAUGAUGAAUGUUUGGAGUGAACCGCUUAGAACGGGUUUAGCAAACGAGAGAGCAACAAAAUUAGCUGACAUGAUGGACUGUCCUUGUACAUCUACAACAAAAGAAAUGAUUGAAUGUCUAAGAAAAGUUCCAGCUAAUAAAAUCACUGCAGCUGUACGAAAUUUUAUGAUUUGGGAUUAUGAUCCUGUCAUACCAUUUGGAGCAGUCGUAGAAAACUGUGGACCUGAAGAGGAGCGUUUCAUUGUUGAAUCUAACCUUGACAAACCUUCAUUCAAUAUUCCAUUGCUGACUGGUGUAAACAGUGAAGAAAUGAUAUUCAAAACAGCUGGUAUUUUAAGCAAUCAAAAGUUAUCAAAUGACAUACUGCAAAAAUGGGAGACAAUAUUCCCAAUCACAUUUCACUAUGAUCAUCUCCCAGAGCAUCAAAUUAAAGAAAUUAACACAGCGGUUUAUGAUUUUUAUUUUAAAUCCGGGCUUCUUGGAGGAAACUUAACAACGUUGUGGUCUGAUGGAUGGUUUGUCAAUGGAUUUAUUGAUUAUCUACAUCAGCGAUUAAAAAGCAACAAUCAAGACAAUACAUAUGUUUACUUAUUUUCACAUAAAGGAUCAAUUAGCUUCUCUGAAGUUUUUGGCGGUGAUCCAGAGAAAUAUUACGGAACUUCACAUUUAGAUGAUUUGCUUUACUUGUUCCCGAUACGAAACGCAUUUCCACAUUUCUACAAUUCGAUUCCAACAGUUGAGGAUGAGAGAUUGAGAAAAAUAAUGACAAGUUUAUGGGUUAAUUUUGCAAAAACUGGAAAUCCAACACCUGAUUUGAGCAAGAAAACUGAUCUCUCUUCAUGGUCUCCAGCUACUAAGUUUCCAUUAGAUUACAUGCGAAUUGGAAAUGAAAAUGGAAAUUCUGAUAAACUUCUUGAAAUGAAAAAGGAUCUUUUUGCCAAAAACACACAAUUUUGGAUAAAACUUCGUGAAAAAUAUGGACUAAGACUAUGGAAAAAUGAAGAUUAACUACAAUAAGUUUACACAUUGUACGUCAAACUUAGUUCAAAAACUAAAGACAGUAACAAAUUUGAUCAAAUAAAUAAAUUUCUUACAAUUUUUUUGAAUCCUU